AUGAAUGAUUUACGUGACAUAGCAAAACAACUUGGGGUACAUACAUCAAGUCUAUCAGCGUCUUUUGUGAAUGCAUUUUUUAUAACUCAAACACCACAAGAAACUGCGUGUGAUGAUUUUGCUGAACAAUUUACUAUAAAUCCUGGUCUUGAACGUGAACGAACAAUUUGGAGACCAAACAAAGUGGAAACUACAUUACCAUUACGAUGGAAAGUUUUUUUAUCGUGCCUUCCUCCUACACCAGAGUUAUGGAAAAGUAUUGAUGAAGAAAGAAAAGAUAAAUAUAUUGAAUUAUGUAAAAAAUAUCAUGAACAAUUAACAGUCUUUGAAAAAGAAAACCCAAUAGACUCUUAUUCUGCAGAUUUUUUAUCUAAAGAACCAAAAGAAAUAGAAGACAUUUCUUUAAGAAGAAUUAUUUGGGAAAUUAAAAAAGAUGCAAGAAGAACUCAUUUUGGUAGUGAUAGUUUAAAAAAAAGGUUUUUAUUACAUAAAUUAUUAUUACUUCAUCAAUUAGAUACUCAUUUUGAAUAUGUUCAAGGAAUGAAUGAAAUUCUUUCAAUUCUUAUUGAUGUAUUUGGAAUUAAUAAAAGUGGAAUUGAACUAGAGUCAGAGGUAUUCUGGUUCUUUAAAGAUUUAAUGGAAAUAAUGGGAGAUUGGUUUAAAGGUGGUGAUGAUGGUGUUCGUUGGAUAGCAAAACGUUGUGAAGUUAUAGAGUCAAUACUUGAAACUAAAGAUGAAGAAUUAGCUAUUCAUUUAAAAACACUUAAAAUUGAAAUGCAACUAUUUCUAUUAAGAUGGGUUCGUUUAUUGUUUUGUCAAGUAUAUCCUAUUAACACAAUUAAACCAAUGUGGGAUGUUAUUUUUGCAUUUAGUGGAAGAUUGUCAUUAGUAGAUCAUAUUUGUGUUGUUAUGAUAAUUUUACAACGUGCAAAAAUUUUAGAUGGAGAUACAACACAUGCAUAUUCAGUAUUAUUUAAUUAUCCAAUUGAUGAAUAUCCACCAGAUUUUAUAAUAAAUCUCGCAUUAGCAAGUUGUAUGUGGUUUGAACAACCACUUAUAAGGAAUCUUUAUUUUAAGCAACGAGUUAUAGUUAAAAGAGAAUCUGGGUUCUGGAGAAAACAAAAAGAACAAAAACCUAUUCAUCUAAAGAGUUCUGUUAUUACUCAACUUCCUGUUCCAUCACCUAGUUUCACCCCAAAUAGUUCUUUACUUGAUAAAUUUCGUUCAAUAGAACAACACCUUAAAAUUGCAUUACAAAAUAUUGAUGAUGAUAGUGACACAGCAGAAGAACUUAAGAAGGCAUUAUCAGAUUUGUUUCAGUUAAGAAAUGAUAUUCAAUCUGAGGAGAAUUUCUUUGUUAUGUUUUAA